AUGGGCCUGCCACCGUACACGCACUGCUGGGGGCCGCCACCGUUGCACCACCCUGCCACCCUGGUGGCGGGCAUCUUUGGCAUGAACCUGCGCAGCACGCUGGAGAUGAGCGUGGUGGGGUUCUGGGGCACCACCGCCAUGAUCAUCCUGGGCGCCUUCUGGGUGUUCUGGGUCAUUCUCAACUACACGCGCCGCAAGCGCAUUGUGUGA